GUCUGAAUUCUAUCAGUUCACCUGUUUGCUGACUGGAUAAAAACAUGGACUGGCUUUCUGUGCUUUUGCUCCUAAGCUGUCUUCUUCAGGUGGUCUGGAAUCAGCCUGCUCUGGAAACUACUGAAUUAGACAUAGAUGGAGGAAUUGAUCAAGACAUCUUUGACAUCAAUGAAGCUCUAGGACUGGACCUUUUUGAGGGAGACAUCAAACUUGAUGGGGUGCAAGAACGAAACUCCAUCAUUGGUGAUGAAUAUCGCUGGCCCCAUGUCGUCCCCUAUGUCCUUGAUGAUAGCCUGGAAGUUAAUGCGAAGGGAGUCAUCCUCAAGGCUUUUGAACAAUAUCGGCUCAAAACCUGUAUUGACUUCAAACCUUGGGAAGGAGAGGAGAAUUACAUAUCUGUGUUCAAAGGAAGUGGUUGCUGGUCCUCAGUGGGAAACCGGAAGCUGGGCUUGCAGCAGCUCUCAAUUGGAGACAACUGUGACAGGAUUGCAACAGUUGAGCACGAAUUCCUUCAUGCGCUAGGCUUCUGGCAUGAGCAGUCACGGUCCGAUAGAGAUGACUACGUGUCCAUCAUCUGGGACAGGAUUCAGUCCGGUAGAGAACAUAAUUUCAAUAAAUACGAUGAUAAAACAUCAGACUCUCUGAAUGUUCCCUAUGACUAUACAUCUGUGAUGCACUAUAGCAAAACUGCUUUCAGGAAUGGAACUGAACCAACCAUCGUAACAAACAUACCGUACUUCAUGGAUGUAAUAGGACAGAGGAUGGAUUUCAGUGAUUAUGAUCUUCAGAAACUGAAUCAGCUGUACAAUUGCUCCUCCUCCCUAAGUUUCAUGGACACGUGCAGUUUUGAACUUGAAAAUAUCUGUGGCAUGAUUCAAAGUCCAGAUGAUAACAGUGAUUGGCAACAUUUGUCUCACAUUUCUGCUGGGCCAAAUACUGAUCACACUAACAUGGGAGAAUGUGAAGAUUCUGGCUAUUUCAUGCAUUUCGACACCAGUGCUGUAUCAGAAGGAAGCACAGCUAUUCUGGAGAGCAGAAUUCUAUAUCCCAAAAGAGACUUCCAAUGCUUGCAAUUCUAUUUCUAUAAUAGUGGAAGUGAAAGUGACCAGCUCUAUGUCUUGGUCAGGGAGUAUUCUGAUGCCCAUCCAAAUGGUACUUUGAGACUAAUUGAAGAGAUAAAAGGUUCACCUGUGAAUUACUGGCAGCUCCAUCACGUUUCCUUGAAUGUCACGAGUAAAUUCCGGGUUGUGUUUCAAGGUGUGAGAGGAACUGGCUUAUCAAAUGGAGGUCUCUCUAUUGAUGACAUCAACUUGUCAGAAACACAAUGUCCUCACCAUGUCUGGCACAUCAGAAACUUCACGGAUCUCCUAGACACAAGUCCUGCAGGGACAGAAGGAAAAAUAUACAGUCCACCCUUUUACUCUAGUAAAGGAUACGCUUUUCAGGUUGGCUUGUAUAUAAAUGGUACUGCUGAUAACCCACUUAAUUUAGCAAUAUACUUGUACUUGAUUUCCGGAGCAAACGAUGAUCAGCUGCAGUGGCCCUGCCCAUGGCAGCAAGUUACCAUGAUUCUGCUUGACCAGCAUGCUGAUAUUCGUCAACGGAUGUCAAACCAAAGAAGUGUAACAACAGACCCUCUGGAAUUAUCAGAUUCCUCAUCAAAUUAUUUUUGGGAUAGGCCAGAUAAAGUGGGAUCAACAGCUUCUUUCCCAAAUGGAACUACAUUCAUGAGAGGUCCAGGACGUGGAACAAAUGCAUUCUUAACUCAUCAGAGACUUAGAAGCCGUGACUUUAUUAAAGAAGGUGGUGCUUAUAUUCUUUUAACAAUGGAAGAUGUAUCACAUCUAGUAUCAGCUCAGCCAAGCGUGUCACCCACCAUUACUGCAGACACUUCUACUGUCAGAUCUACCUCUACUGCCACCACCACUACCACUGAGCCCACCACCUCCACCAGGCCCACCACUACCACCAAGCCCAUCACCACCAAGCCCACUGUCACCACCAGGCCCACAGAUAGUCCUACUGCUACCAAAACACCCAUCACAACACCCCCUGUGACCCUGACUGAAGAGCCAGAGACGGAUGCACCGGAGGCCUGUCCAGACAACCCUUGUGAAAAUGAUGGUGUCUGCAUUAUCGUAGACAGAGAAGCAGUGUGCAGAUGUCCAGCAGGAAAUAACUGGUGGUACAUGGGGGAAAAAUGUGAAAGGAAAGGCACAACUCAAGAAAAUACCGUAAUAGCUGUUUCUUCAGCCAUAACAGUAUUUGUUGUUAUGCUAAUUGUCACUAUCACAACUGUGGUAUGCCUUAAAAAGAAACACAGCAAAGGAGAAGGAAAAAAAAAAGAAAAAGUGGAGAACCUAACUCCUGAAGAAAAUAUAACGUACUUCUGAAGGUAAUGCAAUCAAGCAUCAAAGACAUAAAAUGAGCAUCACUGGAAAACCAAAAUUAUGCCAUCAUUCUUUCUGAUACUUUUAUGUCAGCUGUCAUGAUAAAGGUUUGUAAAGUCCAGAAAAUAAUACAUCCCCUCUGAAAAUAUGGCUUAUAAUAAAUUACUGUACUAACAUCA